AUGGGUGCCAAGGAUGUUGCUAUGUCUCCAGUUGGCUCAGUCAGGCAAUGCCUGCAGAGACACUCCUUGUCUCCAAUGAGCUUCCAUCUCCUUCUCGCUUUACUGCUCUCAUCAGGUAAGUGUCCAGUCACCAUGUUAUAAAGCCAGACUUUUGCAGAUCGGGUCUCGUUUAUAACGCCCACUGGAAACACCGAGCUCAGUUUUAAUCUUCCACUUACUGGAAUGACUGAAGAAAUACAAUAGCUUUAAAGAGAGUUGCUGUACUGAUCUGAAAUGGGUGAAGCGUAGUGACAAGGCAGGAUAAACGCACAUGCCAUGUGGAAUGCUGCCAAUGUCAAUUCUCUGAGAAAACUGUUGUAUGUUUCCAGCCCUUGACCAUCCUUCUCUGACCUCUCUGCUCUCUUUGUCUCUGUCUGUUCUUCUCUUCCUGUCUCCUUCUCCUUCUCUUUUUCAAACAGGAAAGUGGUGUUGGUAUCAUUCAGUCCUAAUCCACAGAGAAUAUAAAUGUUUUAAUCUAUCUAUCUAUCUAUCUAUCUAUCUAUCUAUCAUCUAUCUAUCUAUCUAUCUAUCAUCUAUCUAUCUAUCUAUCUAUCUAUCUAUCUAUCUAUCUAUCUAUCUGAUAUGGUUGCAGAUAUUUGCCUUAUAAAUAUCAAAAGCAUCAAAGUGGGAAAGGAGUUAAUAGAAGUUCUCAAUUCCAGCCUCUUCUGAAUAGUCACUCAUAUCACUUUUUUUGUACUUUCCACAAUGUUGUGAUAACAAAAGCACAACUUAGGCACAAAAAUUUACAGGGCACAAAUGGAUCCAUGUAUUUGGGGGACCCUUAUGUCACACAAUUCUCCCUUUAUACUUCUGAUUCACAAUUAAAUCUUUCAACUCUUUUAUUUUGCAUUUUUCUCCUUAUAGGUUCUGCUCUUGAUCAGUCUCAAGACAUGGUCGUCAAGAAAGGGGACAAUGUAACCCUAGACUGUUCCCAAAAAAAUUCCAAUUACGUUAGCAUGUACUGGUACAAGCAAGAGCGGAAGACGCAUGCACAGCUUCAGCUGGUGAUUUAUUCAACAGGGACUUCUGAUGUUGAGAAGGAAUUUAAAGACCGGUUCAAGAGCCCUGGAACACAGAAUAAGCGGCUGUCUCUGAUCUGUGAGGGAGCCCAGCCAGAAGACACAGGCACCUACUUCUGUGCCAAGCAAGAUCACACAGUGAGACACCAGCUGAGGAAGACAAACAUAAUUCUCUUCCCAGGAAACAGGACCGCCUGA